CAAUCAGCGCGCGGCGUGGCCGGGGCGGAGGGCGGAGCGUCGCUGUAGCCGGGCGCCCCCGCCGCCGCCACCGCCCGUGGCUCCCGCUGCCGCCGCCUGCCCGGCCCGGCCCUGCCCGCGGGAGCGCCCCCACGCCCGCUUGUCCUGCAGGGCCGCGGCCCGGUGCCGGACGGGGGCGACGGGCUGGGUGAGGGCGCGCUCACGGCCGCCCCCGCGUCGCCCUCAUGUCGGCGCCGCUGAAGAAGGGCCCCGGGGGGCUGAUCGGGCUGAUGAAGGACGCCUUCCAGCCGCACCACCACCACCUCGGCCCGCACCAGCCCGGCACCGUGGACAAGAAGAUGGUGGAGAAGUGCUGGAAGCUCAUGGACAAGGUGGUGCGUUUGUGUCAGAACCCGAAACUGGCGUUGAAGAACAGCCCACCCUAUAUCCUAGACCUGCUACCUGAUACCUACCAGCAUCUCCGAACCAUCCUGUCCCGCUACGAGGGGAAGAUGGAGACCCUGGGGGAAAACGAGUAUUUCCGCGUGUUCAUGGAGAACCUGAUGAAGAAAACCAAGCAGACCAUCAGCCUCUUCAAGGAGGGGAAAGAGCGGAUGUACGAGGAGAACUCUCAGCCUAGGCGUAACCUGACGAAGUUAUCCCUGAUAUUCAGCCAUAUGCUGGCAGAACUCAAAGGUAUUUUCCCAAGCGGCCUGUUCCAGGGAGACACGUUCCGGAUCACCAAGGCAGAUGCUGCAGAAUUUUGGAGAAAAGCUUUCGGUGAAAAGACUAUCGUUCCUUGGAAGAGCUUCCGUCAAGCCUUGCAUGAAGUGCACCCAAUCAGUUCAGGGCUGGAAGCCAUGGCCCUCAAGUCAACAAUCGACUUGACGUGCAAUGACUACAUUUCAGUAUUUGAGUUUGAUAUCUUCACGCGACUUUUUCAGCCAUGGUCCUCUUUGCUCAGGAACUGGAAUAGCCUAGCGGUGACUCAUCCUGGUUAUAUGGCAUUCCUAACGUAUGAUGAGGUGAAAGCCCGGCUUCAGAAAUUCAUUCACAAACCUGGCAGUUAUAUUUUCCGAUUGAGUUGUACACGGCUCGGUCAGUGGGCCAUUGGCUACGUCACUGCAGAUGGGAACAUUCUCCAGACAAUCCCCCACAACAAACCUCUUUUUCAAGCACUGAUUGAUGGCUUCAGGGAAGGCUUUUAUUUAUUUCCUGAUGGCCGGAAUCAGAAUCCUGACUUGACUGGCUUGUGUGAGCCCACACCUCAGGACCACAUUAAAGUUACACAGGAACAAUAUGAAUUGUAUUGCGAGAUGGGCUCCACGUUUCAGCUGUGUAAAAUAUGUGCUGAAAAUGACAAGGACGUGAAGAUCGAACCGUGUGGCCAUCUGAUGUGCACGUCCUGUCUCACUGCGUGGCAGGAAUCGGAAGGCCAAGGUUGUCCUUUUUGCCGCUGUGAAAUCAAAGGCACGGAGCCAAUCGUAGUAGACCCGUUCGACCCCAGAGGAGGAGGAGGAUUGUCACGACAAGGGGCAGAAGGAACUCCCUCACCUAAUUACGAUGACGAUGAUGACGACAGAGCUGAUGAUUCCCUCUUCAUGAUGAAAGAACUCGCUGGUACCAAAGUUGAGCGUCCUCCUUCUCCAUUCUCGGUAGCUCCGCAGGCCACCCUGCCUCCCGUGCCGCCGCGACUGGAUCUUUUGCAGCAGCGAGUGUCCAAUCCGCCUGGGGCUUCCAGCCCUGGGACCACUUCAAAGGCUGCACCUGGGACUCUUCACAAGGAUAAGCCUUUGCCGAUCCCACCCACGCUCAGAGAUCUCCCACCGCCUCCACCUCCGGACAGGCCACAUCCCAUAGGGACCGAAGGUCGACCGCAGAGACGUCCCCUGCCCUGCACUCCAGGAGAUUGUCCUUCGAGAGAAAAGCCACCCCCCGUGCCCUCCAACCGUCAGGCGGAUCUGUGGCCAUCCAGGCCGAUUCCAAAAGCCCCACCUGUGGCUCUCAGCCCUGCUGACCCUUGGGCUGGGAGAGAACUGUCGAACAGACACUCGCUUCCCUUUUCCUUGCCCUCGCAGAUGGACUCCAGGGCUGACAGCCAUCGGCUUGGGAGCACGCUCAGCCUGGACAACCCAGUGAAUUUAAACACUGGUCCACCAACAACCCCAGAGUGUGAACACCCCAAAAUUAAACCCUCCUCAUCUGCCAAUGCGAUCUACUCCUUAGCUGCCAGACCACUGCCUGUACCAAAACUGCCUCCUGGGGAACAGUCUGAAAGCGAUGAAGACACUGAAUACAUGUCACCAUCUUCUCUGCCUGUGGUGCCUCCAGGUCCUGCUGUACAAAAACCAGAGAUCAAAAUGCCUUUGGAAAUGACUCAGAGUUUACGAGUUCCAGACUGCAACCAGCAGACGGAUGGCUCUAUGUAUGAAGCAAUGUACAACAUCCACUCCCAAGCAGCAUCCUCUGCUUUCGAGCCUGUCAACAACUCCGAUGAAGGGGAUCUGGCAGCAGCCGCUGCCAGCAACGGCCCCGAAGAGUCAGAAAAUGAAGAAGAUGGUUAUGAUGUCCCCAAACCACCGCUACCAGCUGUUAUUGCUCGUCGCACACUGUCUGAUAUCUCCAAUGCCACGCCUGCCUUCAGCCGAAUGUCUUUGGAAAAUGACCCUGUAACAGGUUUUGCAGAUAGCUCUCAAGCUCCAGAAAGGCCACCGAAGCCACUACCACGGCGAAUAAAUUCCGAGCGGAAAGCAGGGAGCUGCCAAACAGGCGGAGCCGGCAGUGGGACCAGCGCAUCGCUGCAACUCUCCAGUGAGAUCGAGAACCUAAUGAGCCAAGGCUACUCAUAUCAGGACAUUCAGAAAGCACUGGUCAUUGCACAUAACAAUAUUGAAAUGGCCAAGAAUAUUCUCCGGGAGUUUGUUUCCAUUUCCUCUCCUGCACAUGUGGCCACAUAGCACAUUACCUCCACACCUUCUGUGGACCAACUGCCUGGGCAGCUGUAGCCCAGCUGUGCACCAAAGGGGAAGGGGGUUCCUUUAGAGACUUCGUGCUGAGGUCUGUCCUGCCUCUUACGAGAAUCAGUUGUCAGGUUUUUGUGGUUCCAGAUUUCAAAGCAGUGGAAUGAAAUGGAGCAGAAUGGUCUUUUAUACAGUGUAUGUCUUGGAGUCCUUUACCCCUACCUCUUGUUUGAGAGAACAGAUUUAUUUCCAGGGUGUUGGCAGAGAAAGGUAUCACAACAAGGGAUCCCCAAGCUGAUGCCCUGGAGGCUGGGGGGAGUGUUUUGUGCUGUGAAUUCUAAGUGAAUGCUCUGAGAAACAAAGUCUCGAGGUCAGUGUGGUGUGUCCUGUGGUUCAUGGUACUGGGUCUGGAUCUGUUUGCUGCUGUGUGUCUGGCUCAGGCUUUUUAGAGCGGCUGGGAGGUCCUUUUCUGCUGGGAAUAAAUAAGAGACCUUGGAAGAAUCUUUUGGUUACUUCCCGUUUGCCGUGGCGUUUCCUUCUUGCCUGUAAUAAUAGCACUUACUGCUUAUGAUUCAAGUCCUCCCCUUUUGCCUGAGAUAGCUUCUGUCAGGCAUUUUGAUCUUGGCAGUGCUGGGAGCUGGAUUUCUCUCGCGUGUCCUCUUGCCAGCAGCACUGGUAGCACCAGAUUCCAGGCAGCCAGACGUACUGGAAGUUUUAAGUGGUUUUGAGAGGUGGGAGAAGGUGGGAAUCAUUUGAGCGAGAGCAAAGAACUGGCUGCUGCUUCUCCUUCUUUAGCCUCGAGCAUUUUGUGCCUCAAUGCUCAGACUUGACUGUGGCCCUGCUGGGCUUGAGCAGCUGUCACUGGACACUCCCAUGCGCUCUUUCUCUAGGAGUGUUGCACGUGGUAAAUAUAAUUCUUUAUUUAUCUUAAUUGCAUGGUGGCUGUCUCAGACUAGUGGCCUUCACGCACAUUCCAUCAUCUCUUUCCGAGAGCUCUUGCGGGAGCCAACUGUCUUUGUGCCGGGCUGUUUUGUGGAAUCGGUAGAUGCAGCUGAUGUAUUCGUUGGUGUCUUAACCUGCUUUGCAGUAAAAGAAAUGCAGCAGUUCUCUGCACAGCUAUCAAAACAGCAUGGGGGGCUCUUUCCAUUUCCACUACUCUAAGGUAUUGCCGGAGCUUGUGUUAAAACAGAUCUGGGAAACUUGUGUGUUUGUGAAAUGAUCACACGGCUUUAGAAGUCAGUAUUCAGCUGUUAGUUUGGAAAAACCUGACUUGCAUACUCAGCUCCUUGACUCUGUUCGUAAGUGCUUGAAGUGCGAGAAGUGCAUGGUUCCUAUUGAGAGGAUUUAAAUGAAGCAGGGAUACAUGCAUCACAGCCUGACAGACAGACGGGUGCUCUGUGUAUCCUGAGAGGCUAUUAGCCUUUUGAGGUAUGUCUGGCGUUAUUUGCAUCUAAGAGCAGCAGCAGUCAUUAGGCAAAGAGUUGCAACUUGCAAUAUUGUUGGAGUGGUUAUGGCAGUUGGAUGCAGUUUGGCCUUUUAAAGAACCUCAUAGCUGGGCCCAGAUUUCAGAGAAAUGACUUGCAGUUGGCAGAGAGGAUUUAACAAGUAUUAGCAAAGAGAGCUAAGCAUAAAAGGCUUGGUUUGUGUGAAGUAUAGGUUUCUCUCUAGAAGUUUAUAAAUUGAUGUGGUGGGGUCCAGGCAGUUUAAAAGCAUGAGCUUUACUCCCUGCCUCUCUGUAGUAAAGAAGAUGUUCUCUGAAACCGUAAGGAGAUCUCUUGCAACACUUCCAGGCCACCACCACUGUUGCUAUUUUGGGGUCAGGGCUGAAACGAAGCAAUGCAGCACACUGGUGAGAUUGAUGUCAGUGGGCACGGUGCUGUGCGGCGCUGCAGAGGUCGGUCAGGCGCAGCCAAGAGCAGGGUCUGAAGGUGCUGAGUUACACAGCAGGUGAUGCCAGUGCCCGUUGCACUCGAGGAAGAAGAGCUGUUCUUCUUCCUCAGCGUGUUGGUGGGAGCUUCCAGAGGAGCGAGCCCAGCGCUGGUGCCACAGAGGCAGGAGCGUGCGGCGGCUCCGGUUGUUCUCUCACGUUACGGUUGGGAGCCUGAGCACGCAGUCCGAGUGUAUGAAACAUAUUUCCUGGCUUUGUCCUGGAGACCCAGGUAAAAACACUUUUGUGAGGGAGCAAUAUGGUUUUAUUUCCCUCUUCUUAUCUCCAGUGUAGUCUGUUGGGGUUAGAGCCACUUCACUUCUCACUUGCUGUGUAAACUCAGUGUGAGUGUGACUGGUUCUCACAGGCAGAGGUGUCGCUGCCAAGGCUGUGUAAGAGCCAAGUCCAGCCAGCUAGAAAGCCUUAACUCUUGUCUUGCACAGUGUGUGUGAUCAGAGUAGUGAUGCCCUGUCCCUUUAUUACAGGCUUGUUGUAAUGUUAAGUCACGCCUAGAGCUGUUACAGGCCUGUCUUUGGGGUUUAUGUGCCGAGAGAUGUUCCUAUGGGUAUUGUUCCAGUUGUUAGUGAUUAGAGAGAGCAGUCUUUGUGGCAUGUAUCACUAAUUUUUCUGCAUGUGUCCUUUCCGUGCACUUUUUGUGUCUCAAACUGAUUUAAGAAACUUAAGUCUUGGCUUUUCUUCUUUAGACAUACGUGCAGCAGAGUCCUGACCAUGUCUUAUGGCUGUGCUCUGUGAAGUCAGUCCAGGCACUGUACGGUGUAUUUUUCUUGUUGUUCUUUCAGAAAGGUAAGCCUAAGGUUGAUUUAUCCUUUUUUCCCUUGAUCUUUAUUCUUAAGAAGUUAACUUUAUGAUGCUAAUUUAAAAACAUCCACAACCAACGUGUCUAGUGCCUUUCUUGAAGAGAAUGCUGCAUCGCUAGGCUGGAUCUGAGUAUCCACCCCCUGUGAAAACAAUGAGCCCAAACUAGAGCAGCUGUAAAGAUGCCUUUGAGUGCGAGGCUGCUUUGGAAGGGGUGAAAAGAAGGGGUGAGAAAGAUGGGCAAUUGUCACUUCAACUAGGACACUGUGUUUUGGAGUAUUUCAGCUGUGGAGGUUCCUACUAACAACCACUGGUCUGGACUGAUGCUGUACUAAGCUUGGCGUGAAGACAGUAGAAUUGUAGGACAGGAUUGGUUUUGCUUGUAACAAAAUACAAGUUCUGCUCGUAAAAAAUGUCAGGUUUCCCCCUACCUGUCAACCGGGACGCAAAGCAAGCAAAAGACAUUUUGUACAGGCAGAGCCGGGCACAAAACGUGCGGGACCAGUCAAAGCGAGCUGCGGAAAGCAGGCGAGUGUAGUUGGUCUGUUCUGAACGGGGUUUUUGGCUGACUUGGUCCAUUCAACGCUGCCGUAGCUGGAUGGGAAUCUGAGGUGAUCCUGGCAGGGGUGCGGGGGUCUUGCCUGCUGCUCGUGUGCCCCCGCGGACGCUGAGCUUGGGGCACAGGGUGCUGGGAACCAGCGGACCUGCUCUCGCCCCCAGCAGCUUUCCGCAUGCCCUUCACUGAGCCUUUCCCUUGGGGAGCCACACAGGCUCGGACUACAGCAUGUUGCUUCCUGCACUAGACCGACUGCAUUACUGUAGCUAAUCCUGAGGCAGGGUCAUUACUGUAAACGUGUUUUUUUGUUCAUUUUCAGUUGAGCAAGAAAAAAAUGCAACUCCCAGGGCACUUUCUUAAAGGUGCCACUUAAAAAUAAGGGUCCUUAUUCCCCGCUAAUUUUUAAAAGUUCCUAAGAGAACUCUCUUUUUAAAUUCCCAGUGGGGGAGGAGCAGUUUUUCUCUCUCUUGAAUGACAAAUACCGAUUUGUAUGAUAUCAGUGUUAAAAAUGUUGAGAUUUCCACAAAAUAUUUUAAAAAAAAGUAUAAUAGUGUCAUUAAUAUAAAAUAUAAUAGCAGUAUUUAAUCCUUUCAGAUCUGUAAAGAAUAAGGAAAAACAGAAGGUAAAUAUUCUUACAGAGAGUAGCUGAGCUUUAAGGUUCACUUGGUUUAAAGUCCUCGUUUUGUUUGCAAAUGCAUUGUUAAUGUUUAGAGGUUAUACUAAUGUUAUUUAUUAAUUGUUUCCAUUCUUGUAUGCUGCCCACUAAGAGCUCCUUUGUUUGGGUUUUCAUUCACCUGUGUCAGUAAAAAGAAAACAAAAAGUUUUAUUUUUAAAUAAAAUUUCCUUUGUUGUAGCAUA